AUGUGUGUGUGUGGCUCUCCCCUCUCCUGUGGGAAUCACACCUGUGAGGUUUUGUGUCAUGAUGGUGUUUGUCCUCCGUGUCCUCGCUCCGUCAGCAGAUCCUGUCCCUGCGGCAAGACCAAGUCGUCCCUGCCGUGCACAGAGGAAGUGUUGCCGUGCGGCGACACGUGCGACCGCCGUCUGUCAUGCGGGAAACACACCUGUUCGAUGAGGUGUCACCGAGGGAGCUGUGAGACCUGCAGACAGGAGGUGGAGAAGGAGUGCCGCUGUGGUAAAUACAGGAAGUUGAUGCCGUGUCACAAAGAGUACCUGUGUGACUCCAAAUGUCCAAAAACCAGGAGCUGCCAGAGACACCAGUGCAGGAGGAAGUGUUGCCCCGGUAACUGCCCUCCGUGUGACCAGAUGUGCACUCGAACUCUGGGGUGUCGCAACCACAAGUGUCCCUCCGGCUGUCACCAAGGUAGCUGUUAUCCGUGUCCCGAGUCGGUGGAGGUCAAAUGUUCCUGCGGUUCCACCGUCCUGGCCGUCCCCUGCGGCCGAGAGCGGAGCACCAAACCUCCUCGCUGCAAAGAGACCUGCAGGGUUCCUCCGUCCUGCCAUCACCCGAGCAGAGAGCGCCACCGCUGCCACCCCGGGCCCUGCCCCCCCUGCAGACAGCCCUGCCUGCUGCCGCUGCCCGGCUGCGGCCACAGCUGCCCGCAGUCCUGCCACGACCGCGUGCUCGUCAAGUCCCAGCAGGUGCAGCUGGCCGGUCCCUGGGAGCAGCCGACUGAACCGGCGUUUGUGCAAAAGGCUCUGCCCUGUCCGCCCUGCCAGGUCCCCAUACCGACGGCCUGUUUUGGAGAACACGAGGUCAGCCCGGUGCCGUGUCACCUGCAGGGGCGCUUCUCCUGUAAACGGCCCUGCGGACGACCUUUGACCUGCGGGAACCACAGCUGCAGCCAGGAGUGUCACCUGGUUACCAUCGGCAACAAGUGUGAGGUGUGCGAGGAGAGCUGCUCCAAGCCCCGCCCCCCUGGCUGCCCCCACCCCUGCCCCCGCCCCUGUCACCCCGGCAACUGCCCCACCUGCAGCCAGAUGAGCCGCCAGCGCUGCCACUGCAAGAUCAGCAUGCUCUACGUGGAGUGCACGAAGCUGACUUCAGCCGACGAAGCGACGAAGGUGGCGCUCGGCUCCUGCAACAACCAGUGUCCUAAAGAGCUGAGCUGCGGUCAUCGCUGUAAGCAGGUGUGUCAUCCAGGUGUGUGUGAAGAGAAAUGUCAGCAGAAGGUGAAGCUCAGAUGUCCCUGCAAGAGGAUCAAGAAGGAGUUCCCAUGCUCUCUGUCGGAUCAGUUUGUCGUUCAGUGUGACGAUGCCUGCAGAGACCAGCAAAAGAAAGUCAGCCAGGAGGCGGAGCAGAGAGCAGCUCAGGAGGAGGAGCAGAAGAAACUUCAGGAGGAGCUGGAGGCAUUUGAGAAGCGUCAGCAGCGAGGAGGCCGGAGGAACAAGAAGCGGGGGAGGAGGGAGGAGGUGGAGGACGAUGGGGGGAGGAUGAGGAGGUGGAGGAGGUGUGCCGCCUUCGUCCUCGUCCCGCUGGGCGGUGUUCUGCUGUCCGCCGCCGCCUACUACCUCCUGACUACGCCCUGAACUGACACGUGAACAUUAACGUGAAAACGUGUCGACUGUGUUUCUAUUGUCACUCUACUGUCUUCACGCUCUGCUGCCUCCACUUUUAUUUCAGACUGUGCUCUUAUUUUCUUUAAACCUAUUUCUGAUUUAUUCUGCUUGUUCUGAUUCUAUAAUUUAAUUUUAGUCCUCGUAGUGGACUGUUGCUUUUCAUAGUAGUUUAGUUUCUUCUUCUUGAAUGUCAGGUGAAGGUUGAGUUUGAUUUAAAAUUACCAGUGCCAACAAAGAACACAAAAAAUACACUUUCUUUUAUUCAGAU